CCUGAUUACUUCGAUAACUCGUCUGUUAAUAUUUUAUUAAUGUUGUGCUAUUUGGAUUUAGCCAACAGUAUGAACCAAAACAUGAAAAUAGAGAAUAAAAGCUGGCUUGUAGCUGCCUAUUGUAUGCCUUAUUUUGUCUUGUACACUCAAAAUUUAAGGCAAGUUUCAGACAAUUCCAAAAGAGAAGUGACAAUUUCCGCUACUAUUAUUAGCUCGUUAUUGCUUAUGAGUUUUAGUUCUCUUCACCAAAUGAUUAUAAAAACCAAGUUGUGUAUAAGAAGUUGGGACUCUUUUUCACUUGGAUUGUUCCGAAAAUUUAUCGGCAUGCUACCUACCCUAUUUCCAUAGGAUCCAUCAACUUAUUAACACUACCUUGGCAACAGCUUUACUUAAAGUCUUCUUUCUUUGUCUAUAAGGUUUGCAUAGUUCUCUGCAAUGCCUGGAAAAUUCAGAGAGCUGCCAAGUUCCGAUAUGGGUUCGAAUCGUUCUGAUUGUUCAUCAAAGGAGAGGCUGAAAUGGACUCAAGAACUUCAUGAUCUGUUUGAGAAGGCAGUUAGUCAGCUCGGAGGUCCAGGAAGAGCAACACCGAAAGGAAUUUUGAAGGUUAUGGGGAUUCCUGGUCUCACAAUCUUCCAUGUGAAAAGCCACCUGCAGAAAUAUCGUAUGUCAAAAUUUGUACGCGAAGAUCCUGUUAUUGGCAAGUUCGAAAGGAGAAGCAUAUCAGAAAUUUUGCCAAACUUCAGUGCAACAGCGGGCACUCAGCUUAAUGAAGCAUUGCAAAUGCAUAUGGAUGCACACAAUCGAUUAAGCGAUCAUAAUGAGGUUCAAAGGAACUUGAAGAUGAAACUUGAAGCACAAGGAAGAUUUCUAGACCGAAUAAUGGAAGAACAAAAAGCCCGCGCCUCAGGUUCUAGGCUAAGCUGCAAGUCCUAUUCAUAUUCACCCAUGUCAUUACCAUCUCUGUGUGAGGAAUCUGAAUCAAACGUUAAAGAACUUGAGGUUGAAUAUGAUUCUGAGGUUGAUAGGUCUGUCGAUCCUGGUUGUCAAGCACGAAAAAGGACUCGAUUCGAGGAAGAAUAUGCAUUAGAUCAUCGAUAUAAUAGCACUAAUCUUGCAUAUUCACCGGAAGAAUUACAAUGGAGUACUCUUGCAACUUACCAGUCACCACAUUUGUAUGCUUUAUAUGAUUCUCUUAUUUAAUCAACUUGGUGAAAUAUGUUGAACAUAAAGGGUUAAUAUAUUUAAGUGAAAAAGAAGUGUGUUAGGACAAAUAUUAGUAUUUACUGUAAAAUAAAACCACAUAUUUGCGUGAUACGUUAUGUAAUCUUGAUUAUUAAGUUCUUAGAAUAUUAAUCAUCCGGAUGGAGUAUGGUUCGUCCCUCAUGCCAAUUUACUGACGAAUUAUGAUACCAGCAUGUUCACUUUUUUUUUUUUUUUUUUUUUUUUUUUUUUUUGUGCCUUCAGGAUUCUCGUUCAUUUCUUGGGGGUUUGUUCAGUUAAAAUUCCUCAUUCCUAUUAUUGAUUUUAGAUUUGCACCUACACACAACAGGGGGUGAACAUGUUUUGAUUGAGUUCAAGUGUUCGAUUGAAGUUUCAUAGAUUAAGUAAGGGGGCCUGGAUGUUAAAACCGAACAAGUAGAGGCGCCAAUCAGGCUAUUAUGUCUUAAAGGUUUAUUUGUUGAUUGCUUCAAAGGUUGAUGCAGCUAAUUAAUUGCUUCAAUGAUAUCGAAUAAUGAUCAAUUGAAACAAGAACACAGUGAAAUCCUUCCUAUUUUUGAUAACUAGGUCAUAAUGCUAAA